GUCAAAUUUAUCGUCCUACAGGAUUCACAAAACAUCUCCAUAACACAGCGGCACUAUGUCUUCACGAUCAACGAAGCGCAGACGCCUCAAUGGCGCCGCAAAGCAGUCAUCUAAACCUACGACACAUGAUUCCCUUCCUGAUGAACUUGGCGACCCAUCGUUCUCCUUUGCCACGAACCUGUGGAACACCGAACAAGAUUACGAACAGCGACCGCGAGCUCUCAAGAAAAAGGACAAAGCUGCGAGGCUGCCAAUCCGGACGGAUUCGGGAUGGGUAGCCCAACCCAAUGCAGAACCAGCUUCCGAAGGCGAAUCAUCGGAUCUGCCAGAUGCUGAUGAAGGAGUGCUGACUGGGUCAGAAGAUGAGGAAACCGUUCCGGAGGAGCCAAAGAUCCCGUUGAAACAGCUCAUAUUACAAACGAAGGAGGAAUUGGCCAAGAUUGCAAGUCAGAUCAACGAAGAUCCGGAUGAGCACAUUGGAUCCUUGAAGCCCCUGGCAGCAUUAGGAGAGACCGACAAUGUACAUGUGAAGCGGCUGGUCCUCGUGGCACAGUUGUCGAUAUACAAGGAUUUGAUUCCAGGUUACCGCAUACGAGCACUUACUGAGGCCGAACGAAAAGAGAAGGUCACCAAGGAUAUCAGGAAGUUGCGAGCGUACGAACAGUCGCUCAUGUCUGGCUAUAAGGCAUACAUCGACGACUUGACCCGCCUGUCAAGGUCCCAAGCGGCGUCGGACACGCCAGCGGGUACGCUUUCCGCCGUGGCUAUACACUGCUCGACAAUCUUGCUCGUCUCCGUUCCUCAUUUCAACUUCCGCUCGGAGCUCAUCAGGAUCCUGACCCGGAAAGUAGCCAUGAUGCGUCAAGAUGCGGAAUGGUACAAGUGCAUAGAUGCGUUUGAGCAAUUGUUCCGAGAAGACGAGGAUGGCCAUCAAUCGUUCGAGGCGGUACAGAUGCUGAGCAAGAUGAUCAAAGGGAAGUUCUACGCCGUUCACGAGGAGAUCCUCAACACGUUUCUCCAUCUACGAUUGUUGUCCGAAUUCUCGUCCAAGGCGUCGAACUCCAGGAUCGACAAGGAGGACGACGAGGGGAGAAUACAUGGCAAGAAGCCGAGACAGAAGGAGGUGUUUCGCACAAAACGUGAACGGAAGGUGUUGAAACAGCAAAAGACCCUCGAUAAUGAAAUGAAGGAAGCGGACGCUGCCGUCAGUCAUGAAGAUCGUGACAAGAUGCAAGGCGAAACGCUCAAGAUUGUCUUGGGCAUCUACUUCCGAAUCUUGAAAACGAGAGAAUCACGGUUAAUGGGUGCGGUUCUUGAAGGGCUCGCACGAUAUGCGCAUCUCAUCAACCAGGAUUUCUUCGGUGAUAUUCUGGAGGUGUUGCGGGAACUGAUCGCUCAGAGAGAGGCUUUGGUUGCUGCGGAUGACAACGAAGAAGAUGAGGAAGAGAAGGCAGUCAGCUCCGCCACGGUAAGAAAUACCACCCGAGAGUCGCUGUUGUGCUCGAUCACGGCGUUCGCACUCCUCGAAGGCCAAGAUGCUUCGGCUUCAGCCUCAUCUCUUGGACUUGACCUCAGUUUCUUCGUGGGACAUCUCUAUCGAACCUUGUACCCGGUUUCACUUGAUGCAGACAUCGAGUACAGCUCCAAGUCCUUCCGGCUAGACGACCCCGGUUCCGAAACUCCCUCCCGUCCUCGCAAAGACAAAGUCAACGUCCAAACGACGAUUGUCCUGCUCAUCCGGUGCCUCUCCUCCACCCUCAUCCCUGAGACUGCGUUACGCUCCGUGCCGCCCGUUCGCAUCGCCGCGUUCGUCAAACAGUUGCUGACCAUCUCCCUGCAAUUACCCGAGAAGUCCGCGCUGGCGAUGCUCGGUCUGGGGACGCAGAUCCUCAAGGCCCAUGGACGGAAGAUCGCCCCGUUGUGGCACACAGAGGAACGCAAAGGUGAUGGGGUUUUUGAUCCGCUGAAGCCGGAGCUGGAGGCCAGCAAUCCGUUUGCGAGUACCGUGUGGGAAGGUGAGAUUUUGAGGCACCAUUACUGUCCGGCUGUGCGGGAAGCGGUCAGCGGUAUUGAACGGGAAGCCAUUGCGUCGAAGUAGAUCAUUUUUGUUAGACAAGCGAGUCGCCUGCGAUAGUAUUCAACCAGGCCCUAAAUCCGGCUGUACUGUCUUAGCCGAUAUGCCAUGCACAUACAUUAGUCUGGAGUAAUCUCAUAAAAGGCUCCAAUUACGGCUUUUCGGUUCAAUUGUGUCCUGGUGGAAUUCAAUCCCGUCCCCACAUCUCGCAAUCCUUCUGUUCCUUCACGUGUUGUCAAAAUCGAAUUCUGCGGAGCCCCCUUGGGUCGAGGCGAUACGUCCGUAUCGUCGGUCUCUCUAUUUUGAAGCUCCGAUAUGAUUUUCAUGUCAACGCAUAUAUAAUUCAUACUUAUGCUAGCUCUCCGAUUAUCGGCAGCGCCUGUCGCGCGGAAACGAACUUUCUUGAGAUAUUGUUUUUGAUAUUAAAUGGCAGCUUUGUUCGAGCUUCAUCACUCACCAUAUCACGUCAACGUCGUAUAAU